AUGGAAGCCCUCAUCAGUGACCCUAAGACAACGGAGCUCGACAUGCUACUCAUACAGGAACCGCCCUUUACCUUCUACAAGACGCCAGUCAUAUAUCCUCAAUGGAGACCUACAGGCAAGUGCAAUGCGACAGCCCGCACAUUAAUGCAAUCCAAAUCCAUUUCCGCAUACAUACAAUGUGGGGAAGCAUCUCGCAGCGGCAACGAGAUGGAUUCAGCCCUGGACAUGAUAAACAGCACAAUCCUACAGACAUUGAGAAAUAAAGUCGUGAUCAGUGGGGAUUUUAACCAUCAUCACCAGCUAUGGGGCGGAAUCGACAUCAGUCAAAGGUGGUUAAGGGAUACUGAUGAACUGCUGAGCUUCAUACAAACACAUCACCUCCAAAGCUGUCUCCCGACUGUAGUAUCCACUCACUGGUCGAGUGGCUAG